ACCCGUCGGUGGCAGGUGGCUGCGCGCGGCCGGGUGGGCGGGCGGCCCGUCUCCUCCGGGGGCCGUGCCCCUCCCUGGCGCCGCGGCUGCUCUGGGACAGCCCCCCCCUCCGCCCGCCCUCGCCCUGUAAUUGCAAGGACUCGGCGGCUCCUCUCCUGGCCCCAAAAGGGAAGGGAGAGGAGAGGCUACUCGAGACGGCAGCCGCCCCGGACCUCUUCUGACCGGCUGGUGCCUCCCUCUGCGUCCGGACCCUCCAGGAUGGGCUCCAAGCUCCCCAGCUGCUUUCCACGCGCGAGACGCGGACGGUCGCGGCGGGCCGGCAAGGCGGGCCAGGGAGAGCCCCCGGAAGCAGCCUCUACAGGCGGCCCCGACGUCUCGGCAGGCCGAGCACGGUCCACCCCGUCCACCAGCAGCGAGGGCGACCCGCAGAGUGGCCGGGCGUACUUCAGCGGCAAAGCGCGCGUCUCCUUCCGCCACCAGCUCGACUCCGAGAGGGAUUCCACCACCUGAUCCUCCCGAGAGGCAGCAGGCAAGGCCGCUGGGCAGAGGCUUCCCAGGAAUAAACUGCACCACCCCGA